AGUGCCCAAGGAGGCGCACAUGUUUGCUAAAGUUAGAGGUAAGUAGGUGCAUCAUAGUUUGCUUCUAGACAUAAACCCGUUGCUGGGAUCAUCGUUGCUUAUAUAGUCAGCUUUGAGUCUACGUUUUCCCGUUUUGAAUCAUAUAAACUUUAUAAAAGCGAAUUCACAGCCCGAAGGAGAGGUUACGCGCUCUUGGAGAGGGAACGAGUUUGCUGCCAAAUAAGUUUGGAGACCAGACGCCUGCUCGUGAGCGCCUGGCGCACGCUUUUUAAUUACUUCUACACCGAAGCGAUUACUCAGAGGAUCUGAAGAUGAAUGACACGGAUAUAUUUUGCAAAAACAACCAAACAGACAACCUGACUGACCCGUCAUGCCUCAACUCACCCCCCUCGCCUUACAGCUACAUCGAUAUAACCACCUUCAUGCACAUAUUCCCUUCAAUUUAUGGCAUCCUGUGUUCAGUUGGAGUUAUAGCCAACGGACUGGUCAUCUAUGCAGUGGCGGCAUGCAAGAAGAAAAUGGUAUCGGAUAUCUACGUGCUAAACUUGGCAAUAGCAGACAUGCUCUUCUUGCUUGUGAUGCCCUUCAACAUCCACCAGCUGGUCAGAGACAGACAAUGGGUCUUCGGAGACUUUAUGUGUAAAGCGGUUGUGGUGGUGGACGUCAGCAACCAGUUUACCACAGUGGGAAUUGUCACUGUGUUGUGCAUUGAUCGGUACAUAGCUAUUGUCCACCCCACCUCAGAAAAGAGGACCAUCCAGUGGACCAUCACUAUCAACAUGCUGGUGUGGCUGGGCAGCUUCGUCCUCACUGUCCCAGUCAUGAUAUAUGCCAAGGUUGUUCGCAGGCAGCAUUUGGAGGUGUGUAUGCUGUACCUGAACAGGCCUGAAGACAUGUACUGGUACACUCUCUACCAGUCUGUUCUGAGCUUCAUCAUCCCUCUCAUCAUCAUCAGCACCUUCUACUCACUCACUCUCUACCACAUCUUCAGCUCCAUUCGGCGGGUUAAACGGAAGCAGUCUGUUUGGGCAAAAAGAGCCACCAAGAUGGUCCUAAUGGUCAUCACCCUGUUCUUGAUCUGCUGGUCACCCUACCACGUGAUUCAGGUGAUAAACCUGAGCAACAACAAGCCGACUCUUGCCUUCAUCUAUGCUUACAACAUCAGUAUCUGCCUCAGCUACUCCCAUAGCUGUAUCAACCCACUCAUGCUGCUCAUAUUUGCCCAAAACUAUCGCGAGCGUCUUUGUCGCAAGAACGUGCUACACCAUUCACAUACUUCAUCCAAGAUCACUGUGGUCAAAACAGAUGGUUCCAGCAAUGACCCCAACUACUGCUGUACGGUCAUCUAAGUAGACGUCUUUUUGUAUAUACAAAUGCAAAUGCUUUACUGCUCCUCCAAACGGAGGUAGCUUAAUGAAUGGUGUUGUCGGUGAAGUAAGAAAGAAAUUGAUUGAAU